AUGAUCACCACGGAUUACCUUGACUGCAUCAGGGACCAAACAAAACUUCCUCUGGGGACAGAAGAAAGAUCAGCCCUCUUUGGAAACAUACAGGAUAUCUACCACUUCAAUAGUGAACUUCUGCAAGAUUUGGAAAACUGUGAAAAUGAUCCUGUGGCCAUAGCAGAAUGUUUUGUGUCCAAGAGUGAAGAUUUCCACAUUUACACGCAGUACUGCACUAACUAUCCAAGGUCAGUGGCUGUGUUAACAGAGUGCAUGCGGAACAAGAUGCUGGCCAAAUUCUUCAGGGAACGUCAGGAAACUCUGAAACACUCUCUGCCUCUGGGGUCCUAUCUCUUGAAACCAGUUCAGCGGAUUCUCAAAUAUCAUCUCCUUUUGCAUGAAAUAGAAAAUCACCUUGACAAGGACACAGAGGGCUAUGAUGUGGUGCUCGAUGCUAUCGACACGAUGCAGAGAGUGGCUUGGCACAUCAACGACAUGAAGAGGAAGCAUGAGCACGCAGUCCGGUUGCAGGCUUCAGAUACCAGUGAAAAAACAGCACAAGACAUCCAAAAGGUUUCCAGAGAGGAAGGCUCUUGCCAGCGGACCCCAGCGGGGCCGUCUCCCGCCCCAAGGAGCAGCCAGCCGAGCAGUUCUGCCAUCAUCAGCGUGCUUCGCGGGGGCGGGGCCAUCAGAAACAUCUGGACGGACCACCAGAUCAGACAAGCCUUGUUCCCGAGUCGUCGGUCCCCUCAGGAGAACGAGGAUGAUGAAGAUGAUUAUCAGAUGUUCGUGCCAUCCUUCUCCUCCUCAGAUCUGAACUCUACCAGACUUUGUGAAGAUAGCACUUCCAGUCGCCCUUGUAGUUGGCACAUGGGACAGAUUGAGCCCACGGAGACCACCAGCUCUGGCCACCGGGUGGUCAGGCGGGCCAGCAGCGCUGGCGAGAACCACACAUGCGCUCCUGAAGUAAGAAUUAGGGACAGUGGUGGCUCUCAGUACAGCCCCCGACGGGAACUGCAGAGUGACCCUAAAACAGAAGGGCAGGAUGGAAUGACUCCCUUUGGGUCAUCUGUGGAGUUGACUAUUGAUGAUAUAGACCACGUCUAUGAUAACAUCAGUUAUGAGGACUUAAAACUAAUGGUUGCUAAACGGGAAGAAGCUGAAUCCACACCCCCCAAAACAGCCAGGGACUCUGUUCGCCCCAAGAGCACGCCAGAGCUCGCCUUCUCAAAGAGGCAAGCUGGCCCCGAGAAGAACUCUCUGCACACAGAGAGGGACGGAGCUCUAACAGGUCACCAGGCAUCGAACCAAAGCGCACAUGAACUCCAGAUGGUGGAGGAAAACAUCUACGACACCAUAGGGCUCCCGGAUCCGCCCUCCCUGGAUUUCAAAUGCAGCAGCCUGAAGCGCCCCAAGAGGAGCACCUUCUUAGGGCUGGAAGCCGACUUUGCAUGCUGUGACAGUCUGAGGCCCUUUGUUUCCCAGGAUAGCCUCCAGUUCAGCGAGGACGAAACGCCUUACCCCCAGGGACCCUCCGAUAAUGAUUAUUUGAGUUUGCUCUAUAACUCUUUCAGCUGUAACCUGUCUGUAGGUGAUAAGUCUAUAUCUGACAAACUGUCUGAAGAAGUGGACGAAAUCUGGAAUGACCUGGAAAAUUACAUCAAGAAAAACGAAGUCAAAGCUAGAGACCGGCUCCUCGCAGCCUUCCCUGUCAGUAAAGAGGAUGUGGUAGACAGGCUGCACUCCGAGAGCACCCCCGAGCUGGGCAGAGACGCUGCGCGUUCCGUGUCUACCCUCUCCCUUCCCGAGGGCCAUGCUUUCCUCACGCCGCUGAAAGACAAGCCCGGCAGAGGUGGCCGGACCCACUGCCCAUUUGAGGAGGACCUCAUUUCUAAAGAGGGCUCCUUUAUGAGUCUUCACCGGCUGCCUCUGGCCAGUGAAACGCCUCCCAUGGAAAACCCCUACGACUUGGCCAACAGCAGUCUAUCCCAAACAGACUUGGAAAACCCUGACCCUGGGAUGGAUGCCACAGAUAAGACGAAAAGCAGGGUUUUUAUGAUGGCCAGGCAGUACAGUCAGAAGAUCAGGAAGGCAAACCAGCUUUUAAAAGUGAGAAGCCCAGAGCUGGAGCAGACACUGGCCAGCCAGCAGCACAAACCCACGCACAAAGACCUGGCAGCCAUCUUGGAAGAGAAGAAGCAAGGGGGUCCCGCCAUCGGUGCCAGGAUUGCUGAGUAUUCCCAACUGUACGACCAGAUUGUAUUCAGAGAGACUCCCUUCAAGACUCAGAAGGAUAGCUGGGCCAGACCUCAAGAACCCUGCCACCUCAGGUCCACAUCACCUUCCCAGGCCCAACAUAGCAGCGAGGAUUGGCUUUUGCAUUCAACCUACAGUAACGGAGAGUUAGUGGAUUUCUGUCCCCGGCCAGAGCCAGACUUGAAGUCGAAACAUCCUACUUUAGCGAUCAAUGCAAAAAGCAUUCCAAGACAGCUGUCCGCAGCUUGCUCUGUGCCUUCUCUUCAAACCUCCGACCCUCUGCUGGGCUCCUUGCAGAGACACAGUGUCAUAGUCAGUCAGCCCAACAAAGAGAACUCUUUUCAGGGCCACCUUUACAACUCUUUGGGUCGCAAAGGCCUCAGUGCUAAAUGUCAGCCAUACAGCAGGUCCCAGUCCUCUUCCUCCAUCUUGAUAAACAAGUCGGGGGACUCCAUCAACUACCCUGGGGAGAUGGGAAAGAGACAGCUGCUGUCUUCACACAAAAGUUCGAGGUGUGAGGGUCCCCAGGAUUUGCCGCCAGGAAUGGCUGACUCAUGUCCGCAGGGCACCGAAAAACGCUCCGAUCUCACGCUCCGAGACUCACAGAAGGUUCUGGUAGUAAGUAGAAAUUUACCCUUCAAUGCCCAAAUAGCGACCCAGAACUACUUCUCCAAUUUCAAAGAGACUGAAGGAGACGAAGACGACUAUGUGGAAAUCAAGUCGGAAGAGGACGAGUCGGAGCUAGAGUCCUCGCACGGCCGGAGGAAGAAAUCCGCCCCGGGGACCGUGGAGGCUGACCUUCCCGAGGACGCCUGCGGCAGCAGCACCCCUUACUCUUUGAAUAGUCCAUGCACUCCAAAAAAGCCAGUAAGCGACAAGCUGGGGCUGUCCCCCUAUCUGACGUCGUACAGCGAUUCGGACAAACUGAAUGACUAUCUCUGGAGGGGGCCGUCUCCCAACCAGCAAAAUAUCGUCCAGUCGCUGAGGGAGAAAUUUCAGUGUCUCAGUUCCAGCAGCUUUGCCUGAGGUUCUUCGGAGAAGCCGCCCGAGUCAGCGUGGCGUGAUGCUCGUAAAGGGCCGAUACCCAGAGGUGUUUUCUGUGAACCAGAUUAAAACAGUCUUGCAAUAACCAGGCGUGUCCACCAUGCUUUCUUUUACACAACAUCUCUUUGGCGCGGCUGCCAAGCCAGCCGGGACUGUACAGUCUAGCCGGGGUCAGCAUCUCACGGCGUGUCUUCCUGAUGCUGACUGCCUUCAUGUUUCACCUAAGUCAACCUUACUUGGAAAGUUCUAGGCUUUUUUUUUUUUUUUUUAACGUGAUGGCCGUGACAUUUUGUCCCGUGCCCUUGGCAAUAAUGCCCAGAGUCUAAGAAACGCAGUGGCCCUCGCCUAUCAUCCAGAAGCCACGAGUAGUUUGAUUCUAGGACCCAAAGGCAGCAAGGAGGCUUUUCCACAUGUUUAAAAAAAAAAAAAAAGGAAGGAAAACUAAAGCUGUUUGAAGGAUUAGGCUUAUUAUACCUGGCAUUUUGGUUACAUUCGGGACAAGACCCCAGAACAACGUAAGCUAGAGAUCUCUAGUUAGGAGUGUAAGUGCACACUGCCCGUCUCCUUCUGCAUGGGUUACUCCUACAUCCGUUCACUCUGUUGUAGAAAUUGGGUACCUGUGGGACAUCAGGAGGGAGCAAGACCGAUUCUCUAUAAGCAAAGACCCUUACCUGUAUUCCUGGACACGUUCUGGAGAAUGCACUGCUUAUCGUGUUUAUUUUUGAUUUGCUGGAGUAAAAUGAAUGAUUUCCUCCAAUGCUCAAAGGAAACUAUAAGCAAGAAAGUGCAGAUUGACUUACCAGUUAGAAAGGAUGGGGACAACUUGGUGAUCUCCUCAUAUUCCAGUGGAAGGCAGGGGUGGAAAUGGGAACUCUUCGUGCAAUAUUUUUGUGCGGAUGUCUAAUCAACACAAAGUAAGCCAUGAGCUAAAAUAAAACACUUUAGGGCCACCCUUUCCAGAGCAGUUUUUCCAUGUGUACUUUCCCGAGUUUUGUACCUCAGCCAAAUGACCUGAUCCCAGCCUUGAGGAUUUCGUUGGCUGCAGUGAAAUUUUUUUUCCAAACUCAACAUAACAGGGGGCCCUUCUCUCAUUGUUUUGAGGCACAUAAAAGAAAAGAAUCUUUGGCUACUAAGCUCUGACAAAUACCAUCUUUGAUGUUGUCAUUAUGGUCUUCAAAUAGCCAUCCGUUGUGAUAAUCAUGGACUAAUCUAAGGCUUUAUGGAAGGAAACAAAAUCAAAAGCAAGGCCUUGUGAGUCAAAAGCAAAAAUCAAAGAAGCAAAAGAGAAAAGUGAAGGCCAAUCUGUUGCUAUUUUAUAAAAAUGUUCUAUUUUAUGGAAGACUCCAGUCAAUACAACAAGGAUGUUUUCUCAAACAAGAAUGUUGUAUUCUCCUUUCAAGCAAUUUUACAUUCUAGAACCCCUUCCCCAGUGGGCUCAGUUUUCAUUAAUAUCUGUGUAGGAAAGGGGAUCUGGGCUUUCUAUUUGAAGGCAAGCUCUGAUACUGAUUGCAAUCGGUGACAUCUAACCAUAAUUCUUUUCCUCUUUUUAAAGUCCUGUGCCUCUCUUUCUUAACCAUGAAGCAUCAGAUGUGACCAUCCUUAUUUUACAAACAGGUACCUACGGCACUCAUUUUUCCUUUUAAAUAACAAAAAAUAACCCAAGUUUCUUGUUUCUCCAUAAGAUUCUUUCUUCUCGUAGCUGACAAAACCAAGUCCAUGUUGAAUGGCAUGGUUCUAGAAACAUUCCUGCUUUCACUGCCUUUCUUUAAACUUGAUACAAGUUUUCAAGAGUAGGAGUAUCAGAAAAGACAAGCCCUGUAGGAAAGUAUGUUCUUAGUUUGCAAAACAAAGUUACCUGAUUCUUCUUGUGCUAAGAAUGGAGUUUCCUAUUUUUGCCUUUUAGUUUGUACAACCCCCAGUUCUAUGUUGUCCAUAUAUUAUUGUGGUGUCUUACUCUCAGAAAUUAUUAAUUCUUCACACCAGUGUCUUGUUGCAUGGCUUUGAUGUCGCCUAUAGGAGAAUACCCUGCUGCACGAAGGUGGAUGUCUUGCUGUAUAAAAUGUGUGGUUGUUUUAGGUUCUAGGACAAAUCUUUAGCUUUAUAGACCACUUCGGUCAGCCAGGAUGCAGAUUUUGAGAGCUGUGUGUAUACUGUAUAAUCAUGUUUGUAUUUUUUCUCAAAGUUACCAAUUAAAAGCUUUUGUUUAAGAUAGUUUCUUUUGGAGGUGGGGUAAGAUUGUAUAUAAUUGGGGGGGAAAGUUAUAUGUACUUAAAAGUAUGUCAAGUUCUUAUUAGGUCUCUGUACUGAAGGUUCAAUUUUUUUUAAAAGUUCACUUUCAUCUACUCUUUGUGCAAAAAAAAAAAAUGCAUCUAGGAAAAGAUAGUUUAAAUAUUGUAUAUAAGAUAAUGAAAGUUAGUAAUGCUCAUUAUUUAAUAAAGUUUGUAAAGUACAAAGUAAA